CUCCGAGCAGGCUGAGUGACGUCUCCCUUGAUGAUGUUUCAAGGAGUUUUGGAAAUACAUCCACCACUGAUAAAUACUUGAGGUUGGCUGUAACAUGAAGCCACACUUCAGGUCAUGUCACAUAAACAGAAAAUAAACUGCCUGCUCUUACAAUAGAGAUUGAGGCUACACCAUGCUGUCGUCUGCACAGGAGUCGGCACUGAGCUGGGGACUUGCGCUAGGAGUGAUAUGCAGGGCAAUACUGCUGCUAAUGGUUAUCCAGGGGUCGGCUUUACAAACCGUUGCCAGUGAGAACUGCCCCGGCGCUGAGUGGAGCAUCAUGUGUCGUGGCUGCUGUGAGUAUGAUCAGAUUAGCUGCAAGUGUCCCAGCCAGGGGGAAGUGGUUGGCUACGCCGUGCCAUGCUGCCGGAAUGCAGAAAACGAGUGUGAUCCCUGCAUCAUCCACCCUGGCUGCAGUGCCUGUGUGUUACCCUGCUGACUGCCUCUCUCCUCCAGGCUGCAGUAUAUUUGAGAACUGUAAGCACUGCCACAACGGAACCUGGGCGAACCGGGAUGAUUUCUUUAUCAAGGGGAAGUACUGCUCUGAGUGCAGGAGAGGCUGGUCAGGAGGAGGCUGCAUGAAAUGUGGUGGCGUUAUUAAUGCACCAAGAGGUGAAAUUGUGCUUGAGAGCUAUCCCAUCAAUGCUCGCUGUGAAUGGACAGUGCAUGUUGAUCCUGAAUUCACCAUUCAUUUAAGGUUCACAAUGCUCAGCCUGGAGUUUGAUUACAACUGUCGCUAUGACUAUGUGGAGAUACGGGACGGGGACAGCGUUUACUCUCGUGUGAUUGGUAGAUUCUGUGGAAAUGGGAGGCCUGCUACAAUUAGGAGCACUGGAAGCUCUCUACACAUCCUCUUCGUGUCGGAUGGAUAUAAAAGCUUUGAUGGGUUUCAUAUCACUUUUGAAGAAAAUUCUGCCUGCUUGUCCUCGCCCUGCCUCCAUGACGGGACAUGUCUCCUGGACACCGCUGUCUCCUUUAGGUGUGCCUGCCUUGCUGGCUAUACAGGCAAACAGUGCGAGAACAUGGUGAUGUGCAGGACCCCUCCGGCACCAGCCAAUGGAAUGAGGGAGGGAAACGAUCUCCGAUUCGGGGGGCAGGUGACCUUUCGCUGUGACCCCGGCUUCACCCUCAUUGGCACUCACAUGGCCACUUGCCAGCUGGAUGGUACCUGGAGCGCUGAGCCACCACGCUGCGUCCCUGAGAAGAAGCACUGUUCUGACCCCGGGAGGCCCCUGAAUGGCUUCCACCUGCUUGUGUUCGGCCCAGGAGACACCCUCAUAGCUGUGCAGUUCUUCUGUAACAGCUCCUACACCCUGAGUGGAAACGUUCAGCGCACCUGCCAACCUGAGGGGACCUGGAGCGGCACGCAGCCCCAGUGUAUCAAAGUCCCAGAGAAGAAGCAAUGUGGUGAUCCAGGGAGGCCCCUGCAUGGCUUCUAUCUGCUGGCAUUGGGCUCAGGAGGGGAGCCUAUCGGCGCCCGCUUCUUCUGUAACAACUCCUACAGCCUAAGUGGAAAUGCCCAGCGCACCUGCCAGCCUGAUGGGACAUGGAGUGGCAAACUGCCCCAAUGUAUCAGAGCUUGCCGAGAACCCAAGGUCUCUGACCUGGUGAGACAGAAGGUCUUGGCCCCACAACUCCCCUUCAGGAAUACCCCCUUGCACAAACUCUACUCCUCAUCCUCCAGCCUGGCAAAGCACCAGAAACAGGUCCUCCCAAGCAAGGCCCCCCCUGUGCUGGGGGAGCUUGCCCCUGGUUUCCACCACCUCUACACCCAGCUGCAGUACGAGUGCACCUCCCCCUUCUACCAGCAUACCGGGAGCACCAGGCGCACCUGCCUCAAAACGGGCAAGUGGAGUGGCCGCCACGCCACCUGCCUUCCAGUUUGUGGUAAACUCCCGAACUUCAACCUCCAGAAGCUGGCUGACACCCAGUGGCCCUGGCUGGCAGCUGUGUAUCGGCGCUCCGCCACGGGCUUCAAGGACGAGAGUAUCAAGCAGGACACUUGGCAGCUGACCUGCAGCGGGGCUCUGAUUAACCAGCGCAGUGUCCUGGUGGCAGCCCACUGUGUCACAGAACUCGGCAAACUUAACGUCAUCAAGGCAGCUGAUAUCCGUGUGCUCGUGGGCAAACACCACCAAACUGACUCCAAGGAGCUCAAGAGCCAGCAGCAACUGCAGAUCUCUGCCAUCCUGGUCCACCCUAACUAUGACCCCUUGGUGCUGGACUCGGACCUGGCAGUGCUCAAGCUGCUGGACAAGGCCCGGCUCAGCGAGAGAGUGCAGCCAGCCUGCCUCCCCGGGUCCCACAAUGGGGAGGGCACUGAGGCGCAGGGCUUUGUCACUGGAUGGUCCAUCCUGAGUCACGAGAAUGAGACGGUGCGGGUGGGCGCCAUUGAGCUGGGUGACGCCGUGGCGUGCGAGCGUCAGUAUGCCCAGAAUGGCAUCUCAGUGAGUGUCUCCGACAACAUGUUCUGUGCCAGGGAACACCCUCACGGCUUCUCCAACAUCUGCCCCUCCGACACUGGGGGCAUUGCUGUGGCAACAGCCACCUCGUCCUCCUCUCCAGGCGGGCAGCAGCAGUCCGGGGUGGUCUGGCGUCUGUUAGGACUUGUGAGCUGGGGAUAUGAACAAGCCUGCAGCCCCGGGCUCUACACGGCAUACACGAGAGUCGCCAGUUUCAAGGACUGGAUAGAGAAGAACAUGAAAUAAUAAGACCUUCUUUCUCCUAAAAUACGUCUGCAUGGACUGGGGUUUAUUCCUGUCCAUAGACUACAAGAAGAGAUCAGGUCUGACCUCAGUAAUUGGCCCUGUAUUUGCUUUUAGGAAUAUUCAAGGCAUUAUUGCCAAUAGUGCAAAACAACAAGAUAGUUAUGAACUAGAGGCCAUUCAGUACAUACUUUCCAAGUGACAAGGUGGGUCCCAGAUAAAAUAAACAUUCAGUAGUACUGAAAUGAAUCUAAUGAAGACUUUAGCGUAGCAUUAGUACAAGCAACAGUAUCACUUGUCUCUUAUGUUGUAGACCUUUUAAUUAAUUUUUAGUUUUUAUGUUUGUAAUUUGAGGAUAUGCAUAUAUUUCAUUUCUGAUGAAUUCAAGUUUCUGCUGCUUCCUGUUUCCUAUUCAUUCUAGUUCUUUAGUCCAAACAUCGGGGUGGGGGGUGUAGCGAUAAUUUUGCUUAUGCUGGUAAUAAGUAACAAUGUUUAAAAACGCUGUUGUCCAUUGAACUGGUUUGGAACAAUUUUGGUGUGUAUUUUCAAUUUUGUUUAAUCAAUGCUGUAUAAAGCAAAUGCAUUGAGUUACAUCUCACUUAUUUUGUAUUUGUAGUUUUUUAAAUCCAGCACAGUAAAAACUGUACCAGUUAAUACAUAUAGUGAUGGAUAAACUUGUUAAGAAUCACUAGACACACACCACUGUGUUGUUUGUAAAGUUAACAAUUAUGCCUGAAACUUUAAGAUGCUUUGAUUAUAUUAUACAGUACACACGGGAGACUUCACAUUAUACUCUGGGAUUUUUAAUAAAGUCUCUUGUGACUUCUGUGAUUUUCUCAUCUAUUUAAAUCAUGGAGCCUGUACUAAAUAAUUACUUCACACUGAUGUUUUUUAAAAGAGAAGUUAACUUAAAGAGUUAGUAGCGGGGUUAUGAAAAAUAUAGCAUUACACGUCCCCACGUGUUACUACAACUGUUUAAAUAUAGCGUUACACGUCCCCACGUCUUACUACAACUGUUUAAAUAUAGCGUUACACGUCCCCACGUCUUACUACAACUGUUUAAAUAUAGCGUUACACGUCCCCACGUGUUACUACAACUGUUUAAAUAACGUACCUGUCAUUUUUCUUUUCAUUGUUUACAUCCUGACAACUGUUUGCACGUAUAACUUUAAAGUCUGUUUCAAAGCUCUUUUCAAAAUGUCUGCAGAAAUUUUGAAAAGAGCUUUCAAGCAGACUUUAAAUUUAUGUAUAAUAAGUUGUCAGGAUGUUAACAAUGAAAAUACAAAUUACAGGUACAUUAUUUAAACAGUUGUAGUAACACAUGAGGACGUGUAACGCUAUGUUUUUCGGAACCCCGCUACUUACUCUUUGAAGGCAACAAUAAUCAGUGUCACUGACUUGAACUAUUUGAACAAUUGCCAUGUAUGUCUUUGAUUUAGAAACCCAACUGUGUACAACAUCCUCUGCUGUCUCCCUCCACAUGGCUCCAGCUGUUUUUAUAUUGUCUUUAUGAUUAUCAUUUUACACAUUAGUCCCCGGUAUUGCCAUCUGCUGCACAUUUCCAGUACUACACCACACAGGAAAAACUGAAUUCAUGACCUCGUCUGAAAUACUAUACAGAGGGAGGUUCAACCAGAAAUAGGUCCCAUAGAUUAAUUGUAUUAUUAAUUUGAUGUGUCUAUCACUUGAAUACAAUAAACCAGAAUAUGCAAUUAUGAGGAGCAGGUUUAGAAGUUGUGCUUUACUAUAUUAUGCAGUUCACAAAGCAAUGAUCAGGUAUGUAUUUAGGUGCAAUAGCUUAUACUAACGUUAACCAAAUGUUGUUGAUGUAACUGUUUAGAUCAAACUAUGUAGAUUUUUCUGUGUGAACCUUCUUGUAACCUGUUGAGAUGUUCUAAUUGUAAUUGAUUGAGUUCUGGACCUGUAAAUAAAUUGUAUUGUGUUAUUCUAAUAAAACAUUUACACAUGUA